AUGAACCCGGCGCGACUCCAACAUGUCACUCGCAUCCUUCGGCAGCUGCCACAGCGCAGCACUUUCCUACCACUCGCCCGGUACUCCAGCUCAAGGCGCAAUGCUUCAGGGCAGACGGCCUGUCCUAGCACCGAACUGCCCAAAGCAUUCGAAUUCAACAAGCCCCAAAGCCUAGACGACCUCGAGAAGGUGCAACUGUCGCCGCACUGGACGAAGAUCUUCGAAGAGCUCGAUAUUGGGACACCCGCCAACGACUACCGAAUCAUAUACAUUCCGCACAAUCUGAAGGCAAAAUCUCUGACUCGGUUCAGAAUAUCGAAGCGACACGUGAUGAGAGCCUUUGACACGGGCCACUUUACGGAGAACAAGUACGAGCACCCGAAGGCAGUUCUGAUGAGGUACUACUACGAGGAAGACAAGAAGAACAAACCUCUAUGGCUGUGGUUUUACGGCAUUUCGACCGACACGCCGGCCGUCGUAAGUAUGGCCAAGUAUCGAAUGAAGCUUGCGCUCCACGCUGCCCUCAAGAACCGUGGCUAUGACGUGCAGGGUCGGCUAAUAGACCCUGAAAGCGAGACGGGGAUAGGCACCGCUCUUCGUGGUGACCUGAAAGGGACGAUCGCCUGCGUCGCCAAAUCUCCGAGGGAUGUCGUCAAGAAGCUGCCGAAGAAGGAACUUCGCCUUGCGAUGGACGCCCUCGUAGACGCCUUCAUUCGCGUCCACGAGACAGAGCAGAUGAAGGUGAAAGAAAAAGGGCAGGCUCAAGGAGCACAUUUUUGGAGAAAUCGCGUCUAG